AUGGCCUUUCAAGUUCCGAUUCCUAGACCUAGUAUCUCGGUGGUAUCAUCGGAUAUCUGGCCUUUGAUGUCGAAGCUCCUCAAUGUGCCGUGGAAGAUUCCCGGCUCCACUGCUCCCCUAGACCUCGCUCAGCGCACAGUUGGCGAAGCGAGUUCAGCGGGAUCUAGUACCGUCGCGCUACCGGAAUUUUUGAACACGGUGUCCUCGGAAUCUCUGCGAGCAGACGUGAUGUGUCAACCCAUGCAAUGGCCACGUUCCCUAUUCAACGGGCUCACGUUUUCAACUUCUCCAUCUCGUAUUGCUCGAUCUUUCUCGCCGCCCUCUUCUCGCACCUAUUCCACCUUUGCUGCGUCCCUGAAUCAACUUCGCCACACUCCUCAAAAACCCGGUCUUUCCAGAUCACAGCAGCAACGGUUUAUAUUUGGUGCUCCCUCUCAAAAUCUUCUGGCGCAAAAGGAAAAAACCGCGAAUAACAAUCCCAACAAUGCUAAUGCUCAAAACUCUUUUUACCAAGACCUCCUUCGUGCCAACAUGCCGGCGAUCAUUGUUGAACGGUAUAAAAGCGGCCAUUUCGCCGGCAACCAACUUUCGGAAGCGAUCUAUUUGAAGGCUUUGCAGCGCGUCGGAGGAGCUGAUGCUGCAGCGAUGGCUCCAGUCUCGAAUCAUAAUGUCAGUCCCGAGCAGCUCCAAGCUAUCGGUCAGGCUGUUGCAGCGCAGAAACAUGGCGGUCAGGUUGGCUUGGCAACAAAGCAGAACGGUACUGGAGCUAAAGAAGCGCCUCUGUACGUCGUUGUCGAGGAGUCUCUUGGCAGUUCCAUAUUCCGCUGGAUUAAGUUCUUUCUGUACUUUGGUUUCUCCGUAUACAUGUCUCUCGUCUUGAUUACUGUGCUUGUGGAAACAACGGGUGCUCUGAAGAACAUUCGAGGCCCACAGAGCAAUGAGGCUCAGCCUCAGCAACAGAAUGUCCGUUUCAGUGAUGUGCACGGGUGUGAUGAAGCAAAGGAUGAGCUUCAGGAGCUCGUUGAGUUUCUACUAAACCCGGAUCGGUUUUCGUCUCUUGGUGGCAAGUUACCCAAAGGUGUUCUUCUCGUGGGACCCCCCGGUACGGGAAAAACGCUUCUUGCUCGUGCCGUUGCAGGCGAGGCUGGGGUUCCUUUCUUCUACAUGUCUGGUUCUGAAUUUGAUGAGGUUUACGUGGGUGUUGGUGCCAAGCGCGUCCGCGAACUAUUUGCCCAGGCACGAGGCAAGGCCCCCGCUAUCAUCUUUAUUGACGAAUUGGACGCAAUAGGUGCCAAGAGAAACGAAAGGGAUGCGGCAUACGUGAAGCAAACUUUGAACCAACUUCUUACCGAGCUUGAUGGUUUCUCCCAGACCAGUGGAGUGAUUAUUCUUGCGGCGACCAACUACCCACAGCUGCUGGACAAGGCGUUGACGCGACCCGGUCGAUUCGACCGGAAGGUUGUUGUUAGUCUUCCUGAUGUCCGGGGUCGCAUGGAUAUCCUCAAACACCAUAUGAAAGACAUACAGAUCAGUACCGACGUGGAUGUUGCAGUGCUCGCGCGCGGUACACCUGGUUUCUCCGGUGCUGAUUUGGAGAACCUUAUCAACCAGGCUGCCGUCUACGCCAGCAGGAACAAGAAGAGCAAGGUUUCCGCCAAGGAUCUGGACUGGGCCAAGGACAAGAUCAUGAUGGGAGCAGAAGCUCGCAGCAGAAUCAUCCAGGACAAAGACAAGCUUUUGACGGCGUACCACGAAGCUGGCCAUGCUCUUGUGGCCUAUUUCUCGCCGUCCUCAACACCGCUGUACAAGAUUACUAUCGUUCCUCGCGGAAUGGCCUUGGGUGUGACACACUUCUUGCCCGAGAUGGAUAUGGUGUCUAGGAAUUACACUGAAUAUUUGUCUGACAUUGACGUUUCCAUGGGUGGCAAGGCUGCGGAAGAGCUGAUUUUUGGACCUGACAAGGUCACAAGCGGCAUCUCAGCUGACAUCCAGCAAGCUACGGAAACCGCCUUCACUUUGAUCACUCGAUUUGGAUACUCCAAGAAACUCGGAAACGUCGAUCUCUCGACCAACUAUGACAGCCUCUCGUCUGAAACCAAGCAGGAGAUCGAAUCCGAAGUUCGACGAUUAGUUGAGGAGGGCCGAGUACGCGCCGAGAAAAUUUUGACCGAAAAGCGAAAAGAACUGGAGCUUUUGACCCAGGCUUUGAUUCAGUACGAGACCCUUACCAAGGAGGAAAUGGAGAUAGUCUUGAGAGGGGAGAAACUAGAAAAGCUGGAGCCAACGGCGCCGAUGCCCCUCACUUUGCCCGAAGCUCUUCAGACUGCGAAGUUGAGUUCACCUCCUUCUCGGCAGGAUUCUCCGACACCAACGAAGUAA